AUGGCCUCGCCAUCCCAUGCAAAGCCCCAGGCAGGCCCCGAACAUCGCCGGAAAUCCAGCCAGAACAGCAGCAACACACCACAACUCUCAAGAGAGGACGUCCACGCACUGUUCGUCGGAGCGCCGUAUUUCCUCCUCGACGAAGGCUCGUUCGGUCUGUGGCAGCCGCAGGUUAUCUUUCCCUGGUGCGAUCACGAUCUAUUGAUCCAGAAAUUCUGGGACAGACGGCCGCUCUCGCAUUCCUCCUUCAGUCUAUCUACGCUUCAUGCCCACCUGCCGGUUCCCGAUGGUUAUGUAGUCAAAGGCGACACCCCGGCUCCUUUACAAGGGUUACAACACGCGGGCGGGCCCAAACGGCCGACUUUCGACAUAAGCGUAUACGAGGUCCCAAAUAUGCUGUGCUCAACCGCAAAGGAGCCCGGCUCGCUUGGAUUCCGCCAUUUCCUCGAGCUCCCCGUCGCAGACCAGGUUCGGUAUACGGGGCCCGAGAUCCCGCGACCACGACCUGGACUGCGGAGACCCUCGAUGAUGACCUCGACCAUCGAGGCCUUCGACUCUAUCGAGCAUCAUGCCAACGAUCCGUAUGCGCAGUGUCUGGAUGGAACGGUACAGGACCGCAAAGCGAUGCUGCUCGACGGGCCGUCGGCGUGGAAGCGCAUCGGCGUGCGAGACCCGAGUAUGGAGAACCUGAUCGAGCGUCUCGAGACGGUUCGGGCAAUUCGUCAUGAUAUGUUACAUGCGGAGGUGGAUAAGACGAUCUUGGACAUGGAGCCGAUAGAGAUAUUGCAUCGCGACUUGUAUUCCAAGUUCCUGCUUCCCCCGCCGCGGUCGAUGAUAGAGGAGGAGGAUCCGCAUAGUCUCAAGUCGCAGAUUCGAAUGCUUACCACUGCUCUGGCGGCGCCGGGGGCGUGGAUUAACUUUAGCUUGGAGGAGUGGCGUCUGCACGCUGGCCAGAUACUGUGGGAGAUGCCGCCCCAUCGGGAUGGAGAUUUUCUGGAUCCGGAGGAAUGCGAGGACGCGCAGAAACAGCCAUGGGUUAAUCCCGGUCUCGAACGAAAGUGGUUGCUCAUGCAGAUGCUCCUGGCUAGCGAAUUACUUAUCCGACUGGAUGCUGUUUCUCGCGCCGGGGUCUUGAGGGAUCCUGACGAGAACAUCACCGCAAUUGACAUACACGAGUUUGACGAGCUUCGCGAUGGAAAGGUAAACUGGGACUUAAUUGUUGCGCGGCGCUUUCUCGAUAGUUUUGGGAUAAGUCGUUGCGACAACCAGACCUCGAUGCACAGCGAAGAAGGCCUGCAUGGAAGACGUCGGUCUCUACGAGAUGCUUUCACCAUCCAUCGUCGGUCAUCGAUUAAGAGUGCCUCAGAAGCCGAGUCGGCCUGGGAAUGCAAAUUGACGCCGUAUCACAUCGAGCAGCAACUACACGGGCUAUUCGUGUUUGCAGAGAAUAUCGGCUGGCCUGGAGUAGAUGCCUUGAAGGACCUCUUCUCUAAAAUCAACCAAGACGUAUACAGCCGCCCAGUAUGCAGCUCCGCGACAUCCAUACUGGGCAAGGACGAGAUGUACAGCCGAAAUCCAUCCCGUCGCCAGAUCCUCCUCCAUAACAUCGCCAGCCAAGACAGCAACGACCCGAAAGACAACAUCGGCUGGAUAACCCGCAGCUGGCUUUCAGGCUUCGUGCCGCCCGGAGAAAGCAUCAGACACCUUCUUCUCGCGACAGUCCUGGAAAACGACCCAGAGGCAUUAUCCACGCUAGGUCCCGUGGCCAAUCUAUACGGCGGAUUCUCGUAUCACGGACGCAGCUGGUGGAGCAAGCAGUGUAUCGUCGGGCGCGUGCUGGCCGGUCUACCAGAGACCAAGGAAUGCAUGGGGUGGAUCAGAAGCGAUGCCCUGCCUGUUGACCGGUCGACGUCGCAGCCGUUGGACGGAAGAUGGUUCGAGGCGAGAGUCAAGGAACUACCACCGACAAACAAGAAACCGCGCAUCCAGCAGGGGAAUAAGAUAUCGCAUUUCUCGACGCCGCUUGGCGAUGGGGAUGUUUCGCGCGAGGCGUUCUCGUUGCCAGUUGACCGUCCACGGCAAGAGUCGGUGUCUAUUGACCUGAACAUGUUGUCGUUCGUUAGCGAAUCCGACUCUGAAUCUGAAUCCAGCGCUGUCGUAGGCGUACCCACCAUCUCGUUCCACGUGCAGUCCAACUCACAUGACUGUCAAUGGACCAAAGAAUCAAUCUCCUUAAGACACAACAUUCACUUCGUCACCUCGUACAACUGCCGGCCCCCAGCCGGCAAAGCCUCCAUUAGCGACGGUGAAGACCACCACGAACCGUCUCAUCUCCCCGGGCAUCCCCUCCACGCGUCCUACGAAUACGUUGUGCUCCCCGUCAGCGACCUCAUCGGCGCGACGUCGCUGCACAAAGUGGUGCCCGGCGGCGAGAUCCUCGUGAUAGACGCCCGGGGAAGCGCGAGGCAGGAAACAUUCGCACGCGCGUGGUGCGCAGCGGCGGGGAGCAAUGCGGUAAUAGGUCGCGUGGGGAGGACGUGUCUGGCUUGUUGUAUUCGGGAGGCUCGGGCGGUGGAUGUGAGUGUUGUUAUUCGGGUGAGUGAUGGGGAAUGGAAUCGGGCCGGGAAGUUGUAUGCAGUGGAUAAUUUCCGGAAUUGA